AUGGCGAGUGUCUUGACGGGGGUGAUGACAUCUGUCAUUGACAAGCUUACAGCCCUGCUUGGGGAGGAGUACACAAAGCUGACAGGCGUGCAAAGGGAGGUGAACUUUAUGAAGGAUGAGCUGAGCAGCAUGAAUGCCCUCCUUCAGAGGCUGGCAGAGGUGGACAGUGAUCUUGAUUUGCAGACCAAGGAGUGGCGGAGACAAGUGCAGGAGAUGUCUUAUGACAUAGAGGAUUGUAUUGAUGAGUUUAUGCAUCGUGUUGGCAAUAGCAGCACGACUGACUCUGGAGGCCUUGUUCAUGAGGUGGUUCAACAGCUUAAGGUGAUGUGGGCGCGCUAUCAAAUUGGCAGCAAAAUCCAGGACCUCAAGGCACGUGUUGAAGAUGCUAGCAAACGCCGCAUGAGGUACAAGGUGGACGAGCUCGCCUUUCAGUCUAACACCAAAACUGCCAUCGAUCCCCGUUUGCCUUCACUGUAUGCUGAUCCAGAUGGGCUUGUUGGCAUUGACCGACCAAGAAAUGAUCUUACAAGGAUGCUAAUGGAGGGGGAGGGGACAUCAGUACAGCAACUGAAGGUCAUAUCUAUUGUGGGUCCUGGGGGCCUUGGUAAAACCACGCUAGCGAAUGAUGUUUACCAUAGACUGGAAGACCAAUUCCAAUGUCGAGCUUUUGUCUCUUUGUCACAACAACCUGAUGUAAAGAAGAUACUAAGAAAUAUACUCUAUCAAGUCAGCCAUCAGGAGUAUGCUAACAUGGAAACAUGGGAUGAGGAAAUGUUUAUCAAUGCAGUCCGAGAUUUUCUACAAAGAAGAAGGUACUUCAUUGUUAUUGAUGAUAUAUGGAGUACUCAAGCAUGGAAGACCAUCAAAUGUGCUUUGUAUGUGAAUAAUUGUGCAAGCAGAAUUAUGACAACAACACGCAUUGUUUCUAUAGCCAAGUCGUGCUGCUCUCCUCACCAUGAUCAUGUCUACGAAAUAACACCUCUUAGUACAGAUAACUCCAAAUGUCUUUUCUUCAAGCGAAUCUAUGGCUCCGAACAUAUAUGCCCUCCUCAUUUGGAAGAAGUUUCCAGUGAAAUCCUGGAAAAAUGCAGUGGUUCACCACUGGCCAUUGUUACAAUGGCUAGCUUAUUGGCUAAUAAAGCCAGUACGAAGCAAGAAUGGGAUAGGGUAUAUAAUUCAAUUGGUUCAACACUGGAAAAGGAUCCUGAUGUGGAAGAAAUGAGAAGGAUAUUAUCCCUUAGCUUUGAUGACCUCCCCCAUCAUUUGAAGACAUGUUUAUUGUAUUUAAGUAUAUUUCCAGAAGAUUAUGAGAUCGAAAGGGAUCAACUACUAAAAAGAUGGAUCGCUGAAGGAUUCAUUAAUAUGGAGGGUGGACAAGAUUUGGAGGAGAUAGGAGAGAAUUAUUUUAAUGAUCUUAUCAACAGAAGCAUGAUUCAACCAAUGAAAAUCAAAUGUGAUGGUCGAGUGGCCUCAUGCCGAGUUCAUGAUAUGAUUCUUGAUCUCCUGAUAUCUAAGUCAGUUGAAGAAAACUUUGCCACUUUCAUUUCUGGCAAAAAUCAGAUGUUAUUGUUACAACGUAAGGUUCACCGGUUAUCUCUCAACUAUUAUUCCCAAGAUCACACCAUGUUUCCAUCAGCAGCGAUCAUUUCUCAUUGUCGAUCACUCAGUAUCUUUGGGUAUUCUGAACAGAUGCCUUCUCUUUCGAAGUUUCGAGUUCUUCGGGUACUUGAUAUAGAAAAUGGUGAGGAGAUGGAACUUAAAUAUUUUGAACAUAUAAGGAGGCUUCUUCAGUUGAAGUACCUUAGACUCCAUGUAAGGAGCAUUCCUGCACUCCCAGAACAACUGGGAGAACUGCGGCAGUUGAGGACCCUGGAUCUAGGAGACACAAAAAUUACAAAAUUGCCAGAAAGCAUUGUUCAGUUGCAAAAUUUGACAUGUUUACGUGUCUGUAAUAUGGAAUUACCUGAAGAAAUUGGGAAUCUGCAUGCUCUUCAGGAGCUUUCAGAGAUCAAAAUCAACCGAAAGUCCAUGGCCUCUUCUUUGCUGGGUCUGGGCAGUCUGACUAAACUAAGGAUUCUUAGACUACGCUGGUGCAUUGUCAAUACAGACACUGACAACAGGACUUUUAUUGACAACUUGCUCUCAUCACUUCGCAAACUUGGUAGACUCAACCUUAGAUCUCUAUGCAUUCAGAGUUAUUACGGUUAUUCCAUAGAUUUCUUGUUGGAUUCUUGGUUCCCUACCCCUUAUCUCCUACAGAAGUUUCAGAUGAACUUAGAGUACUAUUUCCCUAGAAUUCCAUCUUGGAUAGCAUCACUUGGCAACCUCACCUAUCUAGACAUCAAUGUUGAUCCAUUAGAGGAGGAAACACUGGAGAUCCUUGGAAACUUACCUUCAUUGAUGUGCCUCUGGGUGUCAUCAAAAGCAGCUGCACCCAGAGAAAGACUUGUUGUGAGCAGCUGCAUGUUCGGAUUCCUGAAGGAGUUCCAGUUCACCUGUUGGAGAAACAAGGUGGGGCUGGUAUUUGAAGCGGGGGCCAUGCCGAGACUCGAGAAGCUGCGGAUUCCAUUCAAUGCAGGCACGGGUCUCAAUUUUGGCAUCGAGCACCUCUCUUCCCUCAGGCAUCUUAUUGUUGAGAUCAUUUGCAGUGGCGCAACGGUGCAGGAAGUGGAGGCAUUGGAGGAAGCUAUCAGGAAUGCAGCUGAUCUCAUUCCAAAUCGACCCACACUUGAAGUUCGAACGUGGGACUAA